UUAAUUCGCAUGGUCGGGGUUGUUCACCACCGCAUCUCUGUCGCUCGUUGUGGUCUGAGUUGACCUCACACUUCUAUGCGCAACCACCGAUUUAGCUCCAGCUCCCGUCGACGCUGCUGACACAGCUGCCCCUGACGUCUUCCCGUCGGCGUUAGGGUGCCCUUUACUGCGCCACCCUCAUAAACACACCGAUUCCCGAAGCCCGAUUUGCGGCGGCUCGCGAGCACUGUAUUGUGAUCCGAUACCGAACCUCACCAUCAUGUCGCAGCCACGACCGGAUUUCAUCGACCUCAGGUCCAAGUCGCAAGCCUCGGUUUCGCGACCCUUGCGAUCUCCCCGCCUCCAUGUUGCUGGCGAAGCACCCCCCGAAUUGUCUCCCCUCGAUGCGUUUGCGCAGCAGAGCCGGCUGCUAGCCAAGCAGUUAGAGGAUAGCGCGAAGCUGGGUCGGCGUAUGAGCCGACUACCCCCGCUGACUGUCGAGAGCCCUUUGAUCGUUCAGGCCAGAUCAGAUUACUUCCGCUCUCUAUCGCAUGAUUCCGCAUCCGACGACGAACACCCACCGCUCCAAAACGUCGGGCUUGGGUUGAAAACAGAGAUAGACGAAGACCACGCCGAUCGACCUCGGUCGAUGCACCCGCGCUUAAGCCACGUCCCACCCACUCCUGACCAGUCCAUCCCGGUACCAGCCGUACCAAAGACCAAUGUGGACCCCGCAAAGGGAAGGCAGCCGAGCGAUGUAGCUACGGAGGGGGGUCUUUUCGGGAUAGGGGCGCGCAGAGAACGGUCACCAUCGCCCAUGGGGGCCGGGCCUUCUUCCAGGAGGCAGGCGGACGGAAAAGCGGCGACUCAGGACGGUUUGCCUCACCAAUCGCCGGUAGCCAGCGCUUCUAUCACCAGCUCGCCUGAGCGACUCAGCAGGAACCCGUUUGAAGCUGCGGGCCUUGUACCUCCUAGGCCGAUGUUCACGAAGAGAUCCUCCAGCCUCAUGUCGUCCCCCCUCGAGUCAACCGACGAAGAAGGAAUUAGCAAUCUGAGCACAUCGGUUCAGUCUCUGGGCUCGCGCAAGUUCUCAACCAGCAGCAGCGUUCUUUCUCCCGCUUACCCCCCGUAUCAACGUUCACCCUCGGUUGCAUCAGACGCUUCUGGGCUUCCUCGACCACAGUUCAACUUUUCUAGGCCCCUAAGCAGAGCAGGGACGCCGAGCUUCGAUCCACCAGCGCGUCAAGCGUCAUCCGAUAGCCAGGGUUCAUUCUUCCCUCCCGACGACGCCGCCACUCCCAACAGUUUGACUAGCGAAACGUCGCGCGAAACUGCUGUCGACGACGACACCGCGGGCGCGCCGUCCUACAUCUACUCCAAAUUUGCAUUACCGCGGGGGAAGGCGCUGCAGAGAGCCUCUGUUAUCCUUCUUAAUGACCCACCUACGCGGCCCUCGUUGGACCAACCUGUAUCACCCACGAGCAACCCGCCAAGCUUUCCCGGAAUCGGGCAGCCCCCGCCAUCUCCUCCCACUCGGCCGUCCAGCUCCUCGGGGAACCGCCAGUUCGAUGCCUCCCGGCCGUCGCAAGAGCGGAGUAAGCUGAGCACCGACAUGAUGCGGCCAGCUCAACAACCCUCUCCGAAUCCCAGUAGACCGUCGACAGAGAGCGCUCCCGGGUCGGAAGAGGAACAACGAGGACGGAGUCUGGUUUCCCACCUGAAUGACGCCGCCGCCGGAAAGUCCCUGGCGUCUACGGGAACUAGCGACUCGGCUAGCACCAUCAAGGGCGGCAAGUCGGUGCAUUCCGUUGCUCCCACCAUGUCAGACAUGACGGCAGAGGAACAUGUGAGCAAGUCGAUCGCUCUUCAUGAGAGCGGCGCUGUGCAAGAGUCAACCUGGCAUUUGCGACACGCUGCAAAGCAAGGCCACCCAACUGGCAUGCUACUGUAUGCCCUUGCUUGCCGUCACGGCUGGGGGAUGCGCCCGAACCCGCGGGAAGGUGUUCAAUGGCUUCGCAAAGCCGCAGACUCUGUCAGUCUAGAGAUCAACGACGAAGAAGGCCAAGCCAAGAACGGCAAGGCGGUUGAUUUUGCGGAACGCAAGACGCGCAACGCACAGUUCGCGCUCAGCAUUUACGAGCUGGGCGUGAGCCACAUGAACGGGUGGGGCAUCGAGCAAGACAAGACUCUUGCACUCCGUUGUUUCGAGAUCGCUGCGUCUUGGGGCGACGUCGAUGCGCUCGCGGAAGCAGGCUUCUGCUACGCUCAGGGUAUCGGCUGCAAGAAGGACCUUAAGAAGAGCGCCAAGUUCUACCGUGAGGCCGAGUCGAAGGGGAUGAGCAUGGUCGGCAACAGCUGGAUCCACAAGUCGAAAUAUGACGACGACAAAGACAAGCAGUCUCGGUCCAAGUCGAGGUCGAGAAAAAGCUUAUUCAGCCGCAAGAAGGAUUAACAAACGGGGAACGACACCGCCCCUCGCGCUAUCAUGCGCCUACAACACAACAACGUCUGGACGAUUAUGACACAUAUGCAUCGGCAUGAUAUUACAUACCCCUUUUGUUUCUAUGGAGUUGCUGGGAGUCGGUUUCCCAGAAAGGGGCAUUUGUAAUGCCCGGAGGCGAUGAUUAACACUGGACUAUUGAACGGUUUUCUUUUCUUGAUACACAUUUUGAGCGCUGCGCGAGACACUUCAUGCCGUGGUCUCUACGCAUGAAAAGUAGGCGGAACGGUUGCGGUGUUUUACUUUUUCGUUCAUUUCUUUGUCCGU